CUCUUCCAAUCUACGUUUCGAUUUUUGAAAACCUAGAGUGGAUAAUUCCCAAUUUCUGUUCUUUCAAAACACUUGUGGAACCUGAAUCUCGUGUGAUCAGCAUAUUUGUUACCAAUGUCUCUGAGCAACCAUAGCAGUCAGUUUGCUCAUCAAGAAACAGCUUGCCACUUGUUACUAAAAGAACUUCAGAAAAUAUGGGAUGACGUUGGAGAGUCUGAUUCUCAGAAAGAUGCAAUGUUACUUGAAAUAGAGCAAAAGUGUUUGGAGUUGUAUAAGAAAAAAGUGGAUGAAGCAAAAGCAUAUAGAGCACAAAUUCAGCAAGAAAUUACUGAUUAUGAAGCAGAAAUAGCUGGCAUCUGUGCGGCGAUGGGCGUACAGCCACCACAUUUUGAGCGCAAGACAUGUGAAAGCCUGAAGAAAGGACGCGAAAUUGUUGUUUUGCAGCUUGAGGAGAUGCGCAAGCUGAAGACUGAGAGGAAGAAACAAUUUUUAGAAGUCUUGUAUCAACUGCAAAAUAUUUCAACUGAGCUGUAUGGAAGUAAGGGGGCUAAUGUAUAUCUAGAUGAAAACAACUUGACUUUGGAAAGCCUAGAAGAACUUCAAAAAAAGUUAGUUCAAUUUCAAAAUGAAAAGGCUAGUCGACUGAAGCAGGUGUCUGACCUCUUGAAUACUCUUAGUUCGCUAUGUUCAGUACUUGGUUUGGAUAUAAAAGACAAACUUGGUGAAAUUUGCCCCACUAUGGUUACUUCCACUGCAACGAAAGAAAUAAGUGACAAUACUAUAAAGAUUUUAUCAUCUGAAGUAAAAAGUUUGAGAGAGGUUAAAUCACACAGAAUGCAGAAGCUUCAAUGUCUUGCUACUGGACUAUUAGAGAUGUGGAAUUUGAUGGGCACACCACAUGAAGAACAGCAGAAAUUUCAUAGUUUUACCAAUAAAAUUGCUGCUCUGGAGUCUGAAUUUACUGAACCUAACAUGUUGUCAAUUGAUUCUGUUAUCUAUGUUGAGGCUGAAGUCCGAAGACUUAAGCAGCUUAAAUCAACAAAAAUGAAAGAACUUGUACUUAGAAAGAAGUUGGAGUUAGAGGAAAUAUGCAAGAGUUCACAUUUGAUUGCUGAAACAGUUUUUCCAAGUGAACAUCCUUCUGAAUCUAUAAACUAUGAACAUAUGUUCCAACAAGUUGAGCACCAAAUAGAAAUGGCAAAGGAGGAAGCUGUCAGUAGGAAGGAGAUCCUUGAAAAAGUUGAGAAGUGGUUAGCUGCUUGCCAAGAAGAAAGCUGGCUGGAGGAGUACAACAGGGAUGAUAAUAGAUAUAAUGCUGGAAGAGGUGCUCAUCUUGCCUUGAAACGUGCUGAAAAGGCUCGUGCUAUAUCAAGCAAAAUUCCUGGAAUGGUGGAGGCAUUAAUUUUGAAGGUUAAAUCAUGGGAAAAAGAAAGAGGAAUUGAAUUUUUGUACGAAGGAAGCCGGCUAUGCUCCAUGCUUGAAGAUUAUAGCGCCUUAAGGCAGGAGAAAGAGAAUGAAAAGCAAAGGCAGAGGGAUCAAAAGAAGCUUAAGGGGCAAAUCAUCGCAGAACAUGAGUCACUGUUUGGCUCAAAACCAAGUCCAUCUAAUAGCGGAUUAAAAGCUUCUUUAUGUUCAACAGGAGUGGCAAGUUUCAGAAAACUCUCCAUGGGUGGAGCGAUGCUUCAGGAUUCAAGACAAUCUGCUAUCUUUGAGCCUUCAAAUAAGAAGGGUAUCUUGAGCACUCCCAAGGGCAUCCCUUGCAUCAGGAAUGCUAGCCACGCAAGAAAGGAUACCCCUAAAGGUGUUGGUAAGUCAGUGAAGAAGACUCCAUAUACUGCAGAAAAGCAAAUUGGAUUUCAGUCACCAUUGAUUAGGAAGCCCCUCUCUCCAAUUUCUUCCUCAUUCAUGUCUAAAGCCAACAUCCCAACAAAUUUUGAAGAGGAUCAUAGAAAAAGUGAAAUGCAUCUAAAAAGUCAAAUGCUAACCAGCACUUCACCUUCCAAGCCAAUCCUUGUUGGGGAUGAAGAUAACUUGAUCCCAAAGAACAUAGGACUUGCAGUGCCAACCACUCCUCUAACCUCAGUUCCUAUGUUAUUGACUGCCAAUACACCAGACACACCUAGUGCUACUAUGUGUUCUAAUUCUGGUUCGAAUGUUGCAAGAAAAAUAGCUCAAGCUCAACCAUUCGAGUAUUCAUUUGAGGAGCUAAGAGCUGGUUUUGUUCUACCAAAAAAAACCUUUGCUUAAACAGGAUGUUCAUUCAGUCAAGACAAGAAAGCUUGUUUCUGACAUAUUCUCUGCUCUGCUGAUCUGCCGAUAGAGAUUAAAAGAAUUGUGAACCUUUCUCUGUUGCUUUAUGUGGAAUACUAUUCGUGGCUUUCUUGGCCACCUUUUGUAGUAUUUUUUGGUUGAAACAAAUUACUGUGAUGAGUUUCGAUGUGACAUCAAAUUGAUUGAUACUUUGAUUGGAUCGAAAAUACCAUAUCAG